CUCCCCUUGGACUAUAUGGGUAUAUUUGCAUGCAGCGCUGGCAUCGGUGCUGAAAAGUAUUGCAAAGAACUGGAAGCUGACCACGACGACUAUGGAAGCAUCAUGGUUAAGGCACUUGCUGACCGUCUAGCCGAAGCAUUCGCCGAAUAUCUGCACCGUCUGGUUCGAACGGAAUUGUGGGGAUACUCGAAAGAUGAAGUAAAUUCCGUCUUCGUUAGUCUUCCGUUAUGUGCGAAUCUGAAGUGA